UUUUAUAUUCCUCGAAUGAUUUUACAUUUUAUUGUUAUAAUCACCAUGAUUGUAUUUCAUUACGACACCGAUGAAAAGUUGUACAACUUUGAACUUUUUGAACUUUUCUACAAUCGAAGAAUUCUAUUCACCAAUAUGUUCUAUGUUGCUUUCCAAAUAUUUUCGUGAGUCACUGUACAAAUUGGAAAUAAAAACACAACUUUUACACAGAGGUAUACAGUUUAGCAUGUAUCAAGAUUAAUUUUUACUUUUGUAGUAAGAUUAGAAACAUUAAUACUUCUUCAAAUAUUAUAAAACAAUGGAAUAAGAAGGCUUUUGAGCGGAAGUGAAUAUGAUUGAUAUGAGUAAAACUGGUUCUUAGAAAGAAUAUUUGACAUUUUAUGGAAAUAUCGAUAUCAGCGUCACUCAUAUAUAUACAUAUAUAUGUACAGAGAAUGGUCAGCGUUCGAUAACGACUCUAUCGUUAAUAACGAUAAGAUAAGUGAGGAUUUCUCAGUAAGAAACGAACCACGAAAUCCAGUACACGCAUUUAAAUCAUGUUCGUCCUUAUAUUUUGUUUCAUCAGUUUGGGUCGCGCCGCUAUCAAUUAUAUUUCGAACAUCACGAAGAUGAAAAGCCUAGCGCAUUUUUCUCGAGAUCAACCGAUCUCGCAGGAUCCAACAAAGGAAAAUUGCUCCAUGGACUCCAAGGAAAAUUUAGAUUUAAUUGACGCUAGAGUAGUACAUGGUAUAUCGUACAGGAAUGAAAUCGUACAGAAUUUCUCUAUACAUAAAGACGCAGAAAUCUAUCCGAUGAACAAUAGAAGACGUGGUAAAUGCGUGAUAUUCAAUCAUGAGACCUUUAAUGAAAUGGAAAAGCGAGAUGGAACUGUAAAUGAUCGGAAAGCGAUAGAACACACCUUCACUAAUCUGGGUUUCGAAGUGAUACCUUGUGAGAAUUUUGACUACAUUAGCGUCAUGGAUGAGGCUGUAAAGUUGUCUGAGGACAAUUACGAAGAUUAUGACUGUAUCUGUAUUUUUAUAUUAAGCCAUGGCACUAGUGGUGAUUAUGUAUAUGCAACGGAUUAUCAAUAUCGGUUAUCUGAUAUUUGGGAAAGAUUCACCGCAGAUAAUUGUCCAUCGUUAACUGGUAAACCAAAGCUAUUUUUCAUACAGGCUUGUAAAGGACAGAAUGCCAUGCAAGGUAUUCGUGCAAAGAGUACAACUGAUUCGGUCCAAAACAAUUACACAAUUCCUACUCAUGCAGAUUUCCUGUACGGCUACAGUUCUGUAGAAGGUCACUACUCGUUUCGUGGAUUAGAAGGUAGCUACUACAUUCAGACUUUAUGCGAGGUGAUCAACGAGCAUUGGAGGAAUAUGGAUCUACUGAAAAUGUUAACUAUAACAUCGCGCAAGGUCGCUUUCGAAUUCAAAGUUGCACACAAUAAUCCAAUCCUAAAUGAGACAAAACAAAUGCCUACCUUUAGCUCAACAUUGACCAGAGAUCUAUAUUUUUUUCCGAAAAAAUAAGUCAUAGAACAAUAACAAUCUUUUUUUAACGAAUGAUCUCUUAAAAGUUGUGAAAACAGUCUUUCAUUGCUAUUGCAAUUAAUAUGUACAAAAAAUGUGGUAAAAAUUCAAGAAAGGAAGAAGUACUUAUACCCCCGUUUAUAUACUAUUAGGAUACUUACAAAAAAUAAGGUGAAUCCGACAAAUCGUUAGAAAGUUAUUAAAUCUUGUUAAAAAUUUUAUUUUAAACUUAGCUACUAGGAAUGUUCCUUCAAAAUUCUUCUAAAUUGUUCCCAAAAUUUUUCGCCUUGUCAAAUUUUCUCUGAUUGAUGACUUUCUUAACAAUUUUAAGGAAACCACCAAGUUUCCUAAUAAGUAAUUAUGAACGAGGAUGUAUAGAUGUAUGUGUUUAAUUUGCAGCCUUUUGUGUUACCAACGUUGCGCUGUGAACAUAUAUUCUAUAUAUUACGAAAGUGGAUGCGGCGUUUGAUCACGUUGGCCUUGAGCGAUUAACUGAUUUUGAACAGAUUUCAGUUCUGAAUUGUUGUAUUGCGAUUACAACGUGAAUGUUCGAGGAUAAUAUAAAUCCUCUUUCGCGAUUUACAAUUUUAUUAACUGCUUCAUUUCCUUCUAGUAAUCUGCCAAUUUAUGUUAAGGAUAUUCAUCGUUUUACGUGACUCGAGCUUAUUAUAAAUGAGAGGAUAGAUGUAAGGAUAGAUAAAAUUCUGUGAAGCUAGUAUAGUAUGAGCUAUGAUAUAACGAAGUUAUAAAUUGAAUCAUAGUAUUCUAGUCAGAAUAAAAGGCACAAGGUCCUUGUUGGCAGAGGUUGUAGCACGAUCGCAAAGAAUGGUUACUUUUGAGUUGAAAUCGUACGAUAUUAAAGGAGUAAUGAAUUACACGUUUCUUAGAAUUUCAGUUUCUCGAUAGCCAGAGACGUGUUACAAAUUUGAUAUUUUCAAAGGGUAACAUAAAAAUACGAGUAGCAGUAAGAGUUGCCGAACAUCUCAUGGUAGUUCAGUAUGUAUCACAUGCUUCUUUAUCAUAUAUAAUUAUAGACAUAUUUAAAGUAACUAUUUAUAUUGUAAUUUUUGUAUGUAUUCCUAAAGUGGUUUCGUAUUUUAUUACCAUAAUCAUGAUAAUCGUGUCAUAUUACAGUUGUAUGAAAAAUUUUGUGCUGUAGAUAGAAUAUAUUUACAAAAAUUUUCUAUAAUCAUUGUUCAAAUACUUUCAUGAGUUACUGUAUACAUAUAGUGGAAAAAUUGAUAUAUUACUCAUUUUGCAAACAAUAAAAGGGCAAUUUGAAUUUCAUACAUUUUAAAGCUUAAAGUGAUUAGAAAAGAGCCAAAAGGUUUGAAAGAUCAAUUUAAUUCAAUGAAUGUAGUAUGAACAUACGAUUUUUUUUAGCAUCAAGAUCGAUCAAGAAUUUUUCUGAUAAUUGACACCAUCAUAUAGAAUGAUACGCAGGAAAAAUUCUAAAAGUGUGUGGUAAGUUGUACAAAACGAGGAAACUGUUUAAUUCAGGUUCGGUAAAUAAAUUGUAGGACCCUUUUACACUUUGACAAGCACCAGUUAUUUUGACUGGUAUUGAUAAUGUGUUAAGGAUUAAUGUACUAAUUGGUAAAAGUAUUAAGGAAAGAAAAAAUAAUACUUACAAAACUAAAACGAGUUUUUUUCUCCCAUGUAGAUAGUGUUAGGAAAAAAGAGAAAUGGAUGUAAUAAUUCGAUAUGAAUUAGAAAUAGAAACGCAGUUUUUAUACAAUAUUAUAAAGUUUAAAGUUUAUCAGAAUUAAUUUCUAUUAAAAUACGUACAGAAUAAUUAUUUAUCGAAAAGCAUACCUUCGGUUCUUUUCCUCUACAGUUCUUCAACGGAAGAUCAUACAUCGUUCCUCUUCAAUUUCUUGAUCGUGCAACUACUUCUUGAUCCACAGUUUCGCGUUCCUGAUCCAUUCUCUCUGCCUUUUUUUCUUUCUCUUCCUUCCAUUUUAUCUUUCUUUUCGAUCAUCGCUCUUCGGUGCAACAUUUUCCGCGGAUUUUUCUCGAGCACUUGUUCCUGCUCGAUCUCCCAUCAGUAUUUAAUUGGCUCUCCUAUUCGAACUGCUGUCUGCUCUUCGAAAUGAAAAAAGCUCGUUAACUUUAAACAAGCGAUACCGCUGUGCCACCAAUUACCGGCCGCUGAAAAAAAUCCGCUUUGCGGAUUGCCCAUUGGGGGUGAAAUUCUGCUGGAAACUGUACGACGAUGACGUUUGAACAUAUUUUUUUCUAUUUCAGGGAUAAAGAGCAUUUUCGGUCAGCGGAUGUUUAUACGAAUUCAUAUUUUUAUGAACACAAGCAAAAAAUGUCAAAGUUAAGCAUAGAUAUGUUUCAUGCAUUAAAAAAAUUAUGUUUUGGAUAUUUUAUAUACAGGAUGCUCCACGGUUUAAUACUCAAAUUUGAUCAGUAUAUUGUAAUACAAAGAUAAUCUAGUAAAAGGUCAUUUCAAGCCUUUUUAAAGAAGAUGUAAUAAUAAUACGAGAUAUUGAUGACUAAUUAUGCUAUUAUUUUAUAAUACUAGAGUUUUAAAAUCGCUAAAAGCUUGCGAUAGCCUUACUCGGGGAACUGGAGUGAAUAUAUUUAAGAGUCUGUGUCUCGUAUUUCUAGCAAUUCUUCUAAUAGGCAAAUGAUCUUUGCUAACGAAUAUGAUUUAAAUCGUUCCCCUCGUAGGCGAUGAAAAUUGGUUCAAUUCGAUAACACUGUAAUCGCUAUGAUUGGAGUGUCGCGUCGUUACUUUCGUGCUUCACACGUGUUUCGACGUGUAGCAAGAAUUCGAUUGUUAGAAAGAAUAAUAUAAAAAGAAUUUCUAUGAUUUAAGAAAAACAAAUUGUUUAUCGUAAUGCUACAAAUACUCCAAUUUCUUUGUAAGGUUAAAAAAUCAUAGAAUCUAAAAGAAAUAGCAAACAAGUAUACAAAUUUUGGAAUUCUCUUUUACAACCGCAAUAUUAAAAAAAUAGAAUUCGUAAUGUAAAUUGAUGGAAAAGAAAUUGUUGAGAAAGUCGAAUCUUGUGGAUUAAUAAAAAUAGAAAAUGCUACUGAAAUGUCAUAGAAAAUUGUAUCUUUUCUAAUAUAAAGGAGAACGAUAAUAAGCUGUACAGGUAUGAAUGUUAUGGAUUAGAACGCAAGGAAAUGGAAUAUUCUGUACGAAAUUUACACGUCCUAUUAAAUCAAGCAUUCAGUAGCCUGUUUCCAGAUCUGCUUGACAAACAUAUCCCCGCAGACUUAUCCCCAGUGUGGCUCUGCGUUUCUCCUGCGUUCAGCGGCUAAUAAACUGCAUCACGAUAUUAUCAACGUGUCCGAUCCAUAAAUCACCCGAACGUUGUUCAGUGUCCGAAAAAUCGUUAUCGCGUGAAUUAACAGUGAUUAACUAAGGUACGAUUUCGUUAUUUAAACAUAUCGUUCUCGUUCCGAUUGUUUUAAUAAAUGAAAGCUGUACACUGAAAGCUCAGUUUUCAUUUAGAAACGAUGUUACGUUUCACACGAUACUGUAAUAAUAAUGCCACGAUAAUACCUAAUAAUCUAAUAUUAAUUUCUUAAUAAUAAAUAGCUGAUAAUGAUGAACAAGGAACAUUAUUCAUUUUUACCAUUUCAACAGCAAAUCAUCUCUUUAUUUUUUCGCCAGAAAAGUUUCACUUCUAUCUAUCUGUAAAAAUUCUAUAACAAUAGCGAUAUGAUAAUAAUAAUAACAGUGGUAUACAGAGUAAUUAUUCAGAGUAAUUUUUUCAUCAUUUGAUCAUUUCAUCUUCCAAAUUUGAACGACUAUACAAAUAUAAAUCGUUUGGAUAUAUCUAAUUUAAUCCAAUCUCCCUAUACAAAAUAUCACAUCUAAUCCAAACAUCAACUGUUUUAUUUUCGAACCAAUUUCCAUUCAACACCGACUAAAAAAAAAAGAGAAAAAAGCUAGUAAUUCCCAACUCUCUGGACGGAGCAAUCAGCGCAAUUACCAACAGAAGGUCGAACAGUAGUCUACAACCCUCCGAACAUUUUUGCCUCCGCUUGACUGGAUCGUGAAAAAUAAUUUAACUAACGACUUCCUUUGACGUAGAUCACUCAUGGAUCGCGUCAUUCAAUGAUAUGUACGUUUAUAGUAAUUUCCGGACUAGGCAACCUCCGGAGGACGAUGACCAGGGUCAUAGUCGAUGCCAGUGGAGCAGUUUCGGCGUCGACAGGCAUUCGUGUGUUGGGACCAGGGGCGGAAUGGAGCGAAAGAGGAAGAGGGGAGACACGAUUCUGGCCGUGGAGCAAACAUCCUGCUUUCUACGGAGAAUAGAAAGAGAGAGAGAGAGAGAGAGAGAAUUACAAGCGAAAAAGACGGAGGCCAAAUUAAACAGAGGAAGAUGGACAAACAGAGAGGGAGCGAGGUAAAUGUCAUUCCCCUCCUUCGUAGACACCAUCCCUCGCCCCCUUGCGUGGCAACAGCUUCCAUCCUUCUCCCUCUCCGUCUGCGGCACGACUCCCUGGCAAGGUGGCGGUCCAGCGCGCACGGCCUAUCAGCCGUACGGGAUGCUGCGAGUCCGGAGUACUAGAUUCAGUCGUACGCUUGGCUCCCUCCUGUCGCCGUCGUUGUGUUCGCGUACGCUCUUCUCGCGCACGAUCCUCGUUAAAAGCAUCCGCGUGUCGCGACCACCAGCCAAUCUUCCACCGACCCAUCCGUCACGCGUCUUCACGUCUUCGUCCCUUCUCCACGUCUACCCCCGCGUCGCGCCUGUGUGCUUUCCACGCGUCUACGUUUUCUCUGUUCGUCGACCCCUUUCUGAACCGGCAACCUUUUUGGUCGCCGUUU